CGCAGCCCCCCCGGGUCCCGCCCGCCCGGAGGAGGGCCGGCUCCCCCGCCGCCCGCAGGAUCCCAGAGCCCGGCGUCAGCCAGCACGGAGAGGACCGCGGGUCCGGGGCUCCCUGGGCGGCGCCGAUCCCGGGGAGCCCCCCGGCUGCCUCCCAGAGCGCGGUGGGGAAGGGGAUCUUUGCCCGCCGCCGCCUCCAAGCGGGCCGCCAGACUCUGGAAAAAGUACGCUCAGCUGGAGAGACCACGGGGAGAUAGAGAAAUGCCCGAGGAACCCCCAGCUGUUUGAGUCUCCCCGGUCCCAGGUGACAGACUUGGAGUGAAUCAGUCUUCAGUGCCAGCCCCCGUCUGCCACUGUCCGAGGGCCACUGCAUGUGAUCUGCUAAGAACUGCUCAGCAGGGGCCGGCCCAGUGGUGUAGUGGGGCUCAUAAAGGUACAGCACUUGAAGGUCCUUACUCCUUGGUGAAGUCUGGCUGCCCCGUUGUGUGAGGGGACCACCCCCAGCUCCAGAGGACCCCUGCUUGCACAUUCCUAAAGAGAGCCCACCCGGCUACACUCUGGACUCCGGCGGCCGGAGAUGGGCGCCCGGCCCUCGCGGCGGCGGCUGCCCGCGGACCCGCCCAUAGCCUUGGACGCGCUGCCCCCGGAGCUGCUCGUGCAGGUGCUGAGCCACGUGCCGCCGCGCGCGCUGGUGACGCGCUGCCGCGCAGUGUGCCGCGCCUGGCGCGACGUGGUGGACGGGCCCACCGUGUGGCUGCUGCAGCUGGCCCGCGACCGCAGCGCCGAGGGCCGCGCACUCUACGCGGCGGCCCAGCGCUGCCCGCCCAACGGCGAGGAAGAGGAGGAGUUCCCGCUCUGCGCCCUGGCGCGCUACUGUCUGCGCGCGCCCCUCGGCCGCAACCUCAUCUUCAACUCCUGCGGAGAGCAGGGCUUCAGAGGCUGGGAGGUGGAGCACGGCGGGAACGGCUGGGCCGUGGAAAAAAACCUGACACUGGUGCCGGGGGCUCCUUCCCAGACCUGCUUCGUGACUUCUUUCGAAUGGUGCUUCAAGAGGCAGCUUGUAGACUUGGUGAUGGAGGGGGUGUGGCAGGAGCUGCUGGACAGCGCCCAGAUCGAGAUCUGUGUGGCCGACUGGUGGGGCGCCCGAGAGAACUGCGGCUGCGUCUACCGGCUCCGGGUCCGCCUCCUGGACGUGUACGAAAACGAAGUGGUCAAGUUCUCGGCCUCGCCCAACCCGGUCCUUCAGUGGACGGAGAGAGGCUGCCGACAGGUCUCCCACAUCUUCACCAACUUCGGCAAGGGCAUCCGCUACGUGUCCUUCGAGCAGUACGGGAGGGACACGCGUUCCUGGGUGGGGCACUACGGCGCCCUCGUGACUCACUCCAGCGUGCGGGUCAGGAUCCGCCUGCCCUAGCCUGCCAGCCCGCUCGGCCUUCCAGGACGCACCGCCCUCAGCCAGACAUCGCCAUCAGUCAAAGGCGGCCGGGAGCCAGAGGAUGCCCUGGGACAGUGGGGGGUCCCCUGUGGCCUGUUCCCGGCAGCCCCCAGUGAACCCCACGCUGUGCGGGAAACCAAGGAUCCAGCCAGGCUGCUCACAUCUCCCCAGCUUCCCCGGUGGGGGGGUCAAAGAAUAACUCAGAGACGUUUACUGUGCCUGCAGAUUGCUUUCCCACGUGUGUGGAGGCCAGUUAGUAAACCGAGUCAAAAACAAAGGCCAAACCAGGAUUAAUGAUAGAGGGGGACUCUCCGGGAAAUGUGGGGCCAGUGACUCUCAGCGGCGUGUUUUUGGGGUAAGCUGAUCGCUGGCAGGGACCA